GUGGGGAGGCGGGAUGUAGGGCGCACGGUUUGGUGUCGGUGGCAGCGCUGUGGCGGUGGCUGAGUGCAGGGCAACAAGACCAGAAUGUCACAGCAACGGACACUGCCUCAAAGUAAAGAGCUCCUGCUCCAGUCCUACAACAAGAGAUUGAAAGAUGACAUCAAAUCUAUUCUGGAUAACUUCACAGAAAUCAUUAAAAGUGCUCGGGUUGAAGAUGAGACACAGGUUUCCCGUGCGACUCAGUGUGAACAAGAUCACUACGAGAUGCAUGUGAGAGCAGCAAAUAUUGUGCGUGCUGGGGAGUCUCUGAUGAAGCUGGUGUCAGACCUUAAACAGUUCCUGAUUCUGAACGACUUUCCCUCGGUGAAUGAAGCCAUUAACCAGCGAAAGCAGCAGCUUCGGAAUCUACAGGAAGAGUGUGACAAGAAGCUGAUCACCCUGAGAGAUGAGAUUGCAGUUGAUCUGUAUGAGCUGGAAGAAGAAUAUUACUCCUCCAGGUACAAAUAGCACGGGACUGCCGUCCCUCAGCCUCAAACGUCUGAGCAGCCACAACAGGGGCCCUGACAUACUCCACAGUGUAACAAGUCUCACCUUCUCAGAACGUUAUACAUUUUUAAUCCCACAACAUAGUAUUCUUCUAUCACCAUAUUUAACAAUCUGAGGUUCUUACAUUAGUAUAUUCUUGUACUGAUUCCAUUGCGCCAAUAUACUUCAUUGAGAUGAGAAGGGGUUUCUAUUUAAACUGUUUCCAUAAUGCUGCUUAUUAUCGAUAUCCCUAUGCCAUGCACUAGAAAUGGAAAUCUUUCUUUCUUUCCAGUAUUUUAUGGGCAUGAUUUGUGUUCUGGUUGAAGCACCCCUACAGUACAUGAUCAUCAGCUGACUACAGUCUCAAUCGAACACAAUGGCUACUCUUACAACCCUACCAGUCAGUGCCCAUUAGCAUUGUGUAGAGUCUUGCGUAAGGGGGUAGGAGAAACUCUUGUGUGUUUUAACACACUUCCUCCUCGUCCCAACUCUGCGUGAUAUUAAACAAAUUCCUGACGCACAGCUAAAAAAUACUGUAAGUAAAUGAAAAGUUUCUUAUGCUUUCCCACCCCCUUUCCACCAUGCCCUUCAAAACAAGACAUGCUGAUUCCCCAUGGGGGAACUGUGGGGUAAAAAUGGCCUCCUUAGAGGAGCAAGCCCAGCCGAGAGUUUUUGCCAGUCAAUCAAUCUUCAAACAUUCUUGGGUUCAAGGAGUGUCACUGAAAUAUCCCCUAAUGCAACUUUGAAGAAGUUCCCUCUGCUCCAACAUCUGUUAGAGGAGUUUGCUUUUUCCUUUUGUAGAAGGCAUUGAAACUUAGAACAUACCUUUUAUGCGAGGCAGAAAAAAAUGCUCCUUUAAUGUUCAACAAACCAGUGCAAUCAUUUUAAAAUGAUGGAAAUUGGACAGAAUGUUCCUGUCCUGUUUUAUGCAAUGAAGAUAUGAGAAUUUUUAGACUUUUUAAAGCACAAACUGAAAUUUUAUAUCUCCCUAAAAUAUAAUCUUAUACAAUUUAUGUAUGCACUACCCCUUGUUUGUCAACCUUUAGACAUCACACUGUGUAUAACACAAACUUCAUAUUUUUGGGGGAGGGAUGAAGUCCUGUAUUUGUUUGUCUGCAGUAGAAUGACAUUGUGGUCAUAAAAUAGGCUAGUUACAUGGAACACUCCUUUAUUUCGAUGAGCAGCAUGUUAAAGAGCAUUUGAUUUAACUAUAACCAACAUCACAAGACAUUUUAUAUAUAAUAAUCACUGCAGCAACAUUUUAUAUAAUAUACGUAUAUAUUUUGAUAUCUUUGUAAGCUGUGAAAUGGAAAAAAAAACCUUUCCUAAGUUGCAAAUGUUAAAAUUGAAGCGCUGAGUAAUUCAGAACCUCUUCCGCUCCCACACUGAACUAGACGAUAAAACCGGCAGUGCUUUUACAGUGAACCUACUUUCCUUAUAUAUCCCAUAUCAGUUCUGCCAAUUGCCUGAUUAUCCCUAUAGUAUAACUGUUGUAAGUUACUUGCUCAUCUUCUCUUUCAGUGUUGUGCUGCACAUAUAUGUGUGGCAUAUCAAAGUGGUCUCUUAACAGAAAAUCCCAUAACACUUAGUCUUCAACUAGCUGUAGAGCCUCAUAUAUUCAAUGCCCAUACAAGUGUAAUGUUGUUCCUACAUAUUAUGUUGGUCUGUACACUGUGAAUCCCAUGAUAUCAGUGUUGUGACUGAGCUGUACAUCCCACAAUAUUCCAUGCACAAACCACAUACUUUUCCCAUUAUAUGAUUACUGUCCCUCUGCUCAGUAACUCUGCUGCUCAGCAAAUAGGGCUUUGGUCAUGGCCUGUCCUAGCUAGAUCCAGAGACUGGGCCCCAGAGCCCAAGACCUCUGUCCUGUGCUGUAAAGUACUAUUGGGCUUAGAAUUCCUUCUCAGCCACACAAUUCCAUCCCUCGUGUGUAUGCAGAAUACCAGUCUCAGCCAGGAACGGGGUGGGGGGGAGGGGGGGGCAGUGGAAUGCCACAGUCGCUCCUCGUCUAGUGAGUAGAAGGGGAGAAAUCAAUCACACUUUCUUCUGAUAACUGCUAGUAUGACUGAUUCUUACUGGAAAGUGUGCGUGUUCAUGCAUACAAUUAGGUGAGAACAGUAUUGGAUUGAGUGGCAGUGCCACCCACAGUCAAAUAGAUUGUCACAAAAGAUGGUCAGCGUUGAUGUGGUUGGCCAAAAAACCUGGUUCUGUGAUUGCGUGACCUUGCCACUCUAUCACAUCCAAAGAAUGGCUGUUUGGAGUUGGUGUAGGACAAUGAGAAAUCAGAGAAUAGCCAGUCCUCUUGUAUCCAUUAGCACAAAGAAAGCCAGCACCCUUGGGUGAAGGGAGUGGAGAAAUAACUAAUCAGAGUUUGAAGAUUGUAUGUGGAAAAAGAGCACAUGAAAACUUCCCAAAUAUCUCUGUAUAUCUUUUAGAAUCAAUGUGACCACCUCUUGCACAUAUUGCUGAUUCUAUUUCAGUGAAACACAUUCCUCAGGUUUUAAAGCUUUAUGUCUCUGAGGCCUGUAAUGGCUUAGAGCAUGGACUGAAAGCAUAACUUACUUUAACUAACAGGUCCUUCCAGUAGUGAUGUCCAAAUGAAUGUUACAUUUAAUAAUUGUCAUUUAAACCUUGUGCCUUGUUCACUGUUCCCAACAUUUUAAAGAAAGUUGUUUUUAUUUCUGUACUUGUUUUAUUUUAAGAUUUAUAUAUAAUUUAGACUGGGUGCUAAUUUUGUUACAUAUUCCAGCAUCCCACUUUAAACAUUCAACAUUUUAUAUACUACUUAAAUAAAGUUAAAACAUACAGAUC